CGAAGGACGCUGCUCACACCAAGUUCGGCAGGAAAACGAAGCAAUGGCGAGCUCUUUGCCCCUGGACACGGUCAUGUCCUGCCCGAGACUUGAGCCCAGGAGUGCGGUCGAUUCCUCUCCAAAACCAUUGGCUUUCUCCAUCGACAGGAUCAUGUCCAAGACGACGGAGGAGCGCAGAGGACCGGACAGCACAGAAGGGAAGAGAACGACGAAUUUAUGCGCACCCAUCCCUUGCAUGAUUCCUAUCCAGCCUUUAGCCUACGACCUCCAUGCCAAAGCGCUGGUGAACUAUUCUGAAUUUUGGAGAGCGAAUUUCCGGGGUGCGCUGUGUGCCUCGGCGGCGGCGACAUGUAAAUCCAGCUGCGGUGCGUGCCCUAAAACGGACUUGCUGCCAGGGAAUAGGGUUAUUAAACCUCAAGUUAUCCAUCAAGCAAUGACCAUGCCAGGCAACGCAUCAUUGUACUAUUUCAAUUACUUGGAUGCUGCGUAUCAUCAAUCCGAGCUGCUCAGCGGACAUUUGUUUUCCUCUGUGGUUGCCAAUUCGCAGGCGCAGGCUAUGACUGCGCACCAGAAGCUGCUUCUGCUUGAAAGCGCAAAAUUGGCUGAGAAAGUGCCAACGCCGCAGUAUCCACAUAAAGAGCGUCUGCCCGGACAGCUGGACCAUCUCAUGAAGGAGAACCACGCGCUGGGUUCUGAGAAAAACAACGUCAAGGUGCACAGCAAGGCGAAUACUUGUCCUGCGGACGGGAAACCCAAGAACUUCACGUGCGAAGUUUGUGGGAAGGUGUUUAACGCUCACUACAACCUCACGCGUCACAUGCCGGUGCACACGGGCGCCAGACCGUUUGUUUGCAAAGUGUGUGGGAAAGGUUUCCGUCAGGCCAGCACACUGUGUCGACAUAAAAUCAUACACACACAAGAAAAACCUCACAAAUGCAACCAGUGCGGCAAAGCGUUCAACAGGAGCUCCACGUUAAACACGCACGUGCGAAUCCACGCCGGCUACAAACCGUUCGUGUGCGAGUUUUGCGGAAAAGGUUUUCACCAAAAAGGCAAUUACAAAAAUCACAAACUGACGCACAGCGGCGAGAAACAGUUCAAGUGCACGAUCUGCAGCAAAGCCUUUCACCAGAUCUACAACUUGACUUUCCACAUGCACACGCACAACGACAAGAAGCCGUUCACGUGCGGGGCGUGCGGGAAAGGUUUUUGUCGGAACUUUGAUUUGAAAAAACAUGUGCGGAAACUACACGAAAAUAACGCGACAUGCAUACAGACGGGUGAGGAAUCUUCCAGAGUACAAAACAGAGAUUCGAUUUGA